UGUUGAGGAGCAGACAUGGCGAGGCAGCGUGACAGAGUGACGGGAUCUCAGGUCGUCUGAGGCGGAUCCGAGGAGCAGGUCGAGCCGGAGCAGCGGAGCGGAGCGGCCGGAGGAGGAGGAUCCCGCUCCUUCUUCUUCUUCUUCUUCUUGUUUCCUUUCGGCUCUGCUCGUCGCUCUUCCCUCGGCUGAUCGGAGCGCUCACGACGGCUGUGCUCACUCGUGUCUGCAGAGAGAAGUGUGGACAACAACCCGCCGUGACAGGAACAAAGGUAACUCAGGAUGAGUCGAGAUGUAUGGAUUAAGAAGAAAGCCAAAGCCAGUGAUGACAGUGGUUGGGCUGAAAUGGGCGGCUACAUGGCGGCCAAAGUCUCCAAGCUAGAAGAGCAGUUUAAGCUUGACGCCCCCAGGGAAAAACAGAAGCAAGGCAUAUGCUCCACCAUCUUCAGCGGAGUGGCCAUUUAUGUCAAUGGCUACACAGACCCAAGUGCGGAUGAGCUGCGCAGACUGAUGAUGCUGCACGGAGGCCAGUUCCACGUCUACUACUCGCGCUCCAAGAUCACACACAUCAUCGCCAACAACUUGCCCAACAGUAAAAUCAAGGAGCUCAAAGGGGAGAAGAUCAUCAGGCCGCAGUGGAUCACGGACAGUGUGAAGGCUGGGCAUCUCCUGCCGUACCUGCAGUACCAGCUGUACACCAAGCACAACGGCCCGCUGUUCCCUGGCAUGCCGCUGCGCCAGAUCUCAGAGAUCGCAGGACCGAGCAACGGGCCGCUGCAGCCCGGCGUCAAUCACAAGCUCCACCUGCAGCAGCACAGCGCACAACACUCUGCUCCCAAACAGGACCACCCGUCAUCCAGCCACCAGAAUGAAGCCAACCCAACACCCAGCCACAGCCAACCUCAGUCCGUCCAGCGCAGCUCUGCAGCUUUCCUCAUGAGCCCCCAGCCAAGUCACUUAGCGUCCAGUCACCUCAAUAUAGACCCCAGUCACAGAGGCCCUUUACAACCCCACUCAAUGUUAAACCCAAGCAGCACAAAGCCCCCACAGUCUCCUCUUCAGACACCUCACCGUUGUCUCAGCAACCAGAGAGCCGGCCAACAGCAACCUCAGAGCAACACCUGCCAGAGCGGCUGCAAGGAAGUGGACUUAAAAGUAAAUGGAUCCUUGCAGACCUCAGCUGACGUGAUAAUGAGCCAUUCCAAAAUGAACAAAAUGCAACAGUGUGGCAAAGAUCUUUACCCACAGGCGGUAAAGCAAGUGCCCCUGACCAAUGGACACGUUCAUCAUGUUAAUGGUGCCUUAAAGCCAGAGGACCUGUCUCCUGUUUCAGACGACCCCUCCGUCGACGAGGAACUGCCUGACUACAGAGUCCAGAGUCCUGAUAUUAAACCUCAGAAUCCUCCGGUGCAGUGUCAGGCCAAACCCGACCCGUAUGAGUUUCCCCACAGUCCUCCGAAGCAAUCUGACCAGUGGCCUGUCUGUUUGGAGGAGUCCAGCUCUCAAGCAGCCAACGAGCAGAGACAUAAACCACCACCCUCCUACCAGGAGGCUAUAAAAGCCAGCGAAAGCCACCUAAUCCCAAAACAACUUCAGCCAUCCCUUCGGGUGGAUUCACCCCCUGAAAAGACUCAUCUAUCCUCCGCAUCUCAAUCUCUUUCACAUUCCCAUGUUCGACUGAACGGAAGUCACCACAAUGCCUUUUCAUCAGAUCCUGAAUCGUUCAAUACAACCAUCACUGACAAGCCGCCAUCAUCAUUCACGUCGGCGUCAAAGUCUUCAGCUCAGCUGCAGACAAAGACAAAUGAUUUGAUCUCCGAGUUCUACUCUCACUCACGUUUGCACCAGAUCUCCACGUGGAGGACCGGCUUCUCCGAGUAUGUCAACGAACUGCACAGCAAACGAAAAGCAGCAGGGGGCGCCUCCUUUCCAGGGAAAGAGCGACUAAGGAAAUGUGUGGCACUGCGCUCUUCAGACAGUCAAGGUACAUCAGCAGCCACAAAUGUUAAAUCUUGUAUCCUUCACGUGGACAUGGACUGUUUCUUUGUGUCUGUGGGGAUCCGACAUCGACCGGACCUCAAAGGAAAGCCUGUCGCUGUGACCAGUAACCGUGGACAGGCCAGAGUGCCCCUUAGACCAGGGGCCAACCCUCAGCUGGAGCAGCAGUACUACCAGAGGAAACGCACUCUUCCUCCAACAGAUAGAAAUGAUGAGGAUCUACAGGGAACUCCAUCACAGCAGAGUCCGGAGGCACAUGUAAACGGAGUGGACCAGGACCCUGCUGUUAUGUCAAUGGCAGAGAUUGCAUCUUGUAGUUAUGAGGCGAGACAGGCAGGCGUGAGGAACGGGAUGUUUUUCGGCAAAGCGAAACAGUUGUGCCCCUCGCUGCAGUCCGUCCCGUAUGAUUUUGAGGCUUAUAAAGAGGUGGCUCUCAGCAUGUAUGAGACUCUGGCAAGUUACACCCAUGACAUUGAGGCUCUGAGCUGCGAUGAAGUGUUGAUAGACGGUUCUGCUCUGCUGACUGAGUUGGGCAUCAACGCGGAUGAUCUUGCUGAAGCUAUUAGAGCAGACAUCAAGGAGAAGUCAGGAUGCUGCGCCUCAGUGGGCAUGGGCUCCAACAUCCUGUUGGCUCGGCUGGCGACGCGAAAGGCCAAGCCGGACGGGCAGUACUUCUUAAAGUCUGAAGAAGUGGAUGAUUUCAUCAGGGACUUGCCAGUAACCAGCUUACCAGGUGUUGGGCCUGUUAUGGGCAGGAAGUUGGCUGCUAUGUCCGUGAGGUCAUGUGGGGACCUCCAGCAGUUGUCUCUGUCUCAGCUGCAGAAGAAGUUUGGACCCCGGACCGGACAGACCCUGUUCCGUUUCAGCAGAGGCCUGGAUGAUCGGCCCGUCCGCUACGAAAAGGAAAGAAAGUCUGUCUCGGCGGAGAUGAACUACAACAUCCGCUUUACAAGGAUUGAUGAGGCAGAGAGUUUCCUGAAUAACUUGUCCAUGGAGGUUCAAAGACGUUUACAAGAAGCAGGGCUGCGGGGUCGCAGACUUACGCUCAAGGUCAUGGUUCGCAAGGUUGGGGCUCCACUGGAGUCGGCUAAAUAUGGUGGUCAUGGCAUCUGUGAUAACCUGGCCAGGACUGUGAUGCUCCCUCAAUGCACCGACAGUGGCCAGCUGAUCUCCACUGCAGUCAUGAAGCUGUUCCACGCCAUGAAGCUGCAGGUUCAGGACCUGAGAGGCGUCGGCAUCCAGGUCCAGCUCCUUGAGGGAAAUCACUCUGUCCCUCAGGACUCCACAGGCCAGCGGACACGCUCCAUCAAAGAGCUGUUACUCGGUCAAGGAAGUGCCAAAACCCACAACAGAGGUUCGUCUCGGGUUGAAGGUGCUGCAGAAAACGGCACGCAUCAGGAAAAGAUUGAGACCACAGCCUCAUCAUCUGGCUCCACUUCACACCCUCUGUCUCCCCCUGAGCCGGUCCCAGGGACAAGCAAAGACCAGCAGGCACGAACUCCGAAGAAUCCUCGAGCACGUCUCAACUUCAGUAUUGAAAUCCCCUCCCCUUCACAGGUGGACCGUUCUGUGUUGGAGGCCCUGCCUGCAGAGCUGAGGGAGCAAGUGGAGCAGUCGUGGAGUCAUCGGGACAGGAGACCAAACAAUCUUCGUUCACCGAGUCCACAGAGGUCUGCUCCUCCUCCUCCUCCUCUUCCUCCUCCUCAGUCAGCCUCUCUGAUGACGUGUCCGACCUCACCUCCUCGUCCUCCUGCCUCUGGACCUGCAGUGAACGCUCCACCCUUUGGAAGCUUGGUUCUGCAGAUUCCAAACCAGCCAGACACUCCGGGAAUUGUACUGGAGCUACCAAACUUCUCACAGGUUGAUCCGGAUGUUUUCGCUGCGCUUCCCAAAGAGCUUCAGGAAGAACUGAAGUCUGCCUAUAACCGCAUAACUGUCCAACCUCAGACAAUAAUGUUGGAGCAGAAGAACCCACUUAUGCAGCUCAAACAGUCAGUAGCAGGGGCCGGCGUCGGCCGUAUGAAGCGACGCUACAAGAGAAAAAAUGCAGCGAGUCCGGUUAAAAAAGGACCUUCUCCCACGAAGAGGCGUCCCACUACAAACAGCCCUGCUAAAACCCUGCCACCUCUUACAACAUCACGGGGAUCAAACAUGGCAAAGACUGAAAAUGUCCCCUCCGCAUCCCCCUCAAAACCACACAUCCCCGAGUCUCUGACCAAAUUCAUCCCUCGUCCUGCUCCUGCAUUGGCUGGAGCCUGUGACCUGACGGAUAUUAAAACCCUCCUUCGGGAAUGGGUCACCUCCAUAACAGAACCCAUGGAGGAGGACAUCCUGCAGGUGGUGAAAUACUGCACUGAUCUGAUCGAGGACAAAGAUCUGGAGAUGCUGGAUUUGGUUAUGAAAUAUAUGAAAAGACUCAUGCAGCAGUCGGUGGAGUCCGUCUGGUGUAUGGCUUUUGACUUUAUCCUGGACAACGUGCAGGUGGUUGUGCAACAGGCCUACGGUAGCACCCUGAAGAUAGCAUGAAGAACAAGGGGAAUCUGAUUCCACUGUGUUACCUUCACCACCUCUGGUUUCCCUACUUUGACGAAGACAUUUGACGAAGACAUCUGCAGCACAGAUUUUGACACCUCCUCAAUUGUGACGCCACUGCCACAUCUGCCAUGUAAUGGCCUCACAAACAGAAAGUAUGAGAUCCAUGACAGUAUUUAAUGAACGUAUGUACAGAACAUUGUUUUAUUGCUCUAAAAGAGACAUGUUACACAAUCUGAAGGACUGGUAAUGUUCUGAUUGAAGAAAUGAAAAACCAAGAACAGUGCUAAUUGUAGCAGUUUUUGAAAAUUCCUCGUUUUCUGAAGAUAGCUCUUUCUAUCCCCAACAAUCAGUUCCAUACGCAUGAGACAUUUUAUGGUAAGAUUUCUGCUGGCAGUACUUCAAUAUUUCUUACACACACACUUACGCAUUUUCAGUCCAGGUUUAAAAUAAUGACAUAAUCAUCAUGUUUAAACACAAAUCACAUUUUAGCAAUUUUUGACUUGUAGCACUGCUCAGAUAUCAAAAUUCUCCUAUAUAGCAUUUAUGUUUCUUUGGUGUUCGAUGCGAUCAACACCGAACUGUGAAAUAUCCACUACUGCUGCGUUUUAAAAAACUAAACAGACUCUGGUACAAGCAGUAGUAUGUUUUUCUCUUUCUUGUUCGUUGCAAAAAGUGCCAAAACCUGUUUAUUAUAAAAUGUAAAUAAUGUUUUUGAAAGAUCCUUGUUUAAAGUUUUAAAAGAAAAGAUGUAUGUAGAGGGCUUACCUCUUGUAUUGUUUACAUGUAGUGAAUUCUUAGUAACUGUCUUUAAAUUGUAAAUCUUCUCACUCUUUAUUCGUUUGUACGUGUUCCAACCUGGAAAUCAGAAGCUGGCCAAAGCACUUCACGUGAGGUUAACUGUUGAUUCUCAGUAGCACUCUGAUUCCAGAGGACUGGGGUUAUGGCAAUCAAUAAUUAGCCUAUGCAUCUCCUUUUUUCACUAACGAGUAAGAUGUCUCUUCGAGAUAAUGUAACGUUUCAUAUUCGCUUUGUACUUGGGAGUAAAUCUUGUUUUUUCAAUCUGUUUUCACUAGUUUCAUAAAUCUGAAUAUCAAAAUAAUGCUGGAUUUGCAUGGGAACAGGAGGUGUGAUCUUCUGUAACUUAAUAUUGCUGGAGAAAUGUGUGGCUACAUCAUUGUAUUUCUUUAAAUUGAACUGUUAUCACAGUGAUGAUGGUGAUCAGAGGUAAUCAGCAGAUGCGGUCGGCUGGCCUUCUCGUGAUCUCACCACGCAAGACAACCUGUGUGUGGUUGCAUAAGUUUGUUUAAAGCCGUUUCCCUAUAUGCAAACCAAAUCAAGCUGUCAUGUUUCUUUUUUUAAACUAGUUGAAAUGAAUGUAAUUCAUAAUGUGCAAGUGUCCACUCGCUCAUUUUCAAGAAGUUGCUUCACCUGUCAUAUCUUUCCAGAAGGGAAUGGCCAGGAGUUCAACUCGGCCAGUCUUGUCUUCUCUGAACUGGCUUGUGCCUGACGACCUUAAGCUGUGAACCUGUUUGUAAGUUUUUCUAAAUCUUGGUAAUAAACUGUAAACUCUGUAAUAAAUAA